UUACGUGUAUGAACCUUGUGAAUCGCGAAGUGUCUCGCGAGAGAAGAGAGAAGAGGAAACAGAGGAUUCGAGAGGAAAGGAACGAGGUGUAUUCAACGAGGACCUGAACGGGUCCUUAAAGCCAAGGAUCGUGCAUGUCUCAGAUCCUGCCUCUCAGCUUUUCACCUUGCAAAGCUCUGCCUACGUCCCUGAGCUGGAGGCGUGCGGCCGACUCCUGUGCUGCGUGCAGAGGCUGUACAGAAGCGGAAGUGCAGUGGAAGAGGCCGAGCAACGUGUCAAUCGAGGUCGAAGAGGGGCACAGGCGGGCCCCGAGCUGGAGGGGCCGUCAGGCUCGGAGGAUGGCAUCCUCCCUAUACCAGUCAGCCCGAGUCCUGCAUCCACAUCUUCGCAGGAGGAUGCGUGCAAACCGCCUCCAAGGAACUGUUAUCGCCUCGUCAUGCUUGGUAGCGCGAGAGUUGGCAAAACUGCCAUUGUAGCACGAUUUCUGUCCAACAAAUUCGAGGAAAGUUACACACCGACGAUCGAGGACUUCCAUCGAAAGCUCUACAGGAUUAGAGGUGAGGUCCAUCAGCUUGAUCUUCUGGACACGAGCGGAAACCAUCCGUUUCCCGCCAUGCGACGAUUAUCCUUCCUAACGGGCGAUCUGUUCGUGGUGGUGUUCAGUUUGGACUGUCGGGAAUCCUUCGAAGAGGCCAUCAGACUGCGGGAAUCGAUCCUGGAGACUAAAGUUAGCGCAACUCAGAGCGCCACGAAGAGCAGAAGCAAGAGUCACUUCAAUUUGAAGGUUCCCAUGGUCAUCGUUGGGAAUAAAUGUGAUAAGGAUGUAAAAACAGUUACGGUGGAAGAAGCGGAAGAAUAUUGCAAUAGGCAGGAUGACUGUUGCGUUUUCGUGGAGGCCUCCGCGAAAAGGAACUACCACGUGGAGGAGCUCUUUUACCAACUUUUCAUAGUUGCGGGCUUACCUCUCGAAAUGGCACCGAAUCAUCAUAGAAAGGUCCCUCUCACUUUUGGUUCUCCCACCAUGUUACCGCCGUCACAGCCAAGGCACAAAGCGACCCUUAGUAUAAAGCGUCGGUUGAGCGACGCCUGCGGCGUCGUGGCGCCCAAUGUCCGUCGACCCAGCAUAAGAACGGACCUGAUGAUCAUGAGGACGAAAACGUGUUCCCUGGCUGCGGGGAAUGAGAACAAUGCACCAGGAUCGAGGAUCACUCUGAGAUCAUCCGAUGCCAGAAAGACGUGCUCGAUUCAGUGAUAUAACCACCAGUUUUCUCUAUAAUCGUACUCGAAACGAUGGGAAAUCGGCUUCGAUGACGAUCUUCGCCCAGCGAUUACGCGUCGGCUGCAAACACAAAAACAUUGCGUUUUUGUUGGUAUGAAACAAAGGAAAAAAAUGAUAUUUGUAUUUGAAUAAAAAGAACUCAUGUAUACGUACAGGAUGGUUCAGAAUUGGUGCGAGAAACUUUGAUGAAUUAUUAGAAAUCAAAUCUUAUUUCAUUUCCUGAAUAAUAAAGUACAGAAAAUGGACAUUGUUUUUAGUUAAUAAUACAUCAAAAUUUGUUGCACGACAUCUGAAUCACUCUGUACAUAAACAUCACCUUUUCUGAAGCGGCUGAGGAUCAAUCACCAUCAGGCACAAGAACGUGUUUUUGUUUGGUUUGAACAAAGGAGAAAGAAGAAAUUUGUAUUUAAAUAUAAAAAAAAAUAUAUAUAUAUAAAUAUCGCCUUUUCUAUGCGGCAUUUAAUUAUGAAGGAACAGCGAACUGUACAGUGAUAAUGAACGUUAAACGAAGAGGAUCGUUAAAGGACAAGUAUAUAUCGUGUUUUUGCGGAAGUGGCAUAGGACGCGAGGGGUCGUAAGCGAGGAUCGUCGCAAGAAAAAAAGAGAAUGAAACAUUUAAAAACCGACCACGCUGCUCGCCUUAAUUAAUUAAAGGAAUAGCUGUAGCAUCGCGUCACGGAAGUAACAUAUAUUAUUAAAGUAAGAUGUAAUCGGGGAUCGGUUGUCGGAUUAAUUAACCGAUGACGAUCGAAGCGGAAGAGUUUGUCGUAAUUAUGAUCGAAAUGAGGGAAUGACCCGUUUCCCUGAUCAUUUCCGGAGCUUUCGAGAAUAUUUUUCAGAAUAACCGACCAUUCAUAAUUUGAAGUUAUACAGGAUGGUUCUAAAUUAAAUCUAACUUUAUCCAGAUAAGCUUGCAAUAAAUGUGUUAAUUUGAAACGUCCUGUACCUCGUUUUUCGUAAUCAAACUUCAACAUUGAAAGAACUAUUCAGAUUUGAUUGAACAAUUUGGUUUACUGUUUCAAGUGAAUAAUUUAUCGAGUUGGGUGUAUUGUGAUUGUGAUUGUUGAAAUGGUCGGCUGAUCGUGAAACUUGGAUUCUAUUUAAGCAUGAUUGUCAAGCGAACGCGAACCAAAUACCGUAUACGUGUAUAUAGUUACUUUAUUCGUAUGAAAUGAAAUAACACACCAUUCAUUCAACCAUGUACACUCGCAAUCAAAUCAGGUUUCCCUACGGAAAAUAGAAGAACCAGGAAUUCUUUACAUUUUACUUUUGACGAUACUGAUAUUAAUAUUAAAAGUAAUUUGAGAAAAUUAUAUAAUUUUUAAUUAUUAUGUAUUACAAAAUUUAAUAUAUAAAAUAUAAAUAUAAAUAAUGAGCAGGGAAGCCUGACUUGAUCGCGAGUGUACGAGCAUUUGAUGCGUUCGUUAUUCGUGAAGUUUCGAAUCACUUUGGGUAUCGAAUUUAAAACGUUUCAAGAAUUAUUCGUUUUUUCCAUUCGUGCAAAUUAGAGUAUUGAUUUGAAACUUUACUAACAUGCUAGAAAACUAAAAUUAAAGUCACCCUGUUUCUUUCCAUUAUCCUAUGUUUUUAGAAUUCUCCCACGAUACUGAAAUUUUCAGAGCUGGAUAAACUCUAAGCUUCUAAUCACUAAAGUUACAGUUCAUUCAUUUAUUAUUCAUUUCACAGUAUUUCACAGUACAUGUGCUCUUCAGAAGUAAAUAAUUACUGUAAAAAUCAAAAUGCAUAAGAGAAACGCAUCAUUUUGUGAAACUCACCCCUAGUUUUCGGACCAAAGAACCAUUCCGUUUUCUUGUAAUAAACGCAUAAAUGAUACCAAAAAUAACGUGUGUAAAUCUUUCUUGAAACAGUCUGUAUAAAGAGAACUUUCAUUAUCGAAUGAAAGUUAAUAUCAUCUGGUUUUCCAUUUGGUUAAAACAAAAUUAACGCUUCUUU